AUGUUAAGCGCCCAUAAUAUUCGCGACAGGCUAGCUAGCCUCCCAGACAGUCGCAUCUGUUCUCUAAGGUGGCAAUCUAUACUUCGCUAUGCUGCCGUCGCCUUUAUCGUCUCUAUAACCUUGUCCGGCAUCUUCCUGUUCCGCCGUCCCGAGGGUUUUCUCCGUAAUACUGGAUCCCAUUACUUCGAAUACUUUUGGAAUCGCACAGCGGACCAUCCCAUCGAUCACCUUAUCAGCGACGCGCACACUUUCCACGAGAACUUGCUGAAGCAGCGAAGCUUCGAUCUUCCCGCGGCUGCAGCCCGCUAUCGCGAGCGACGAGGGCGACAUCCUCCUCCGGGGUUUGAUGCUUGGUUCCAGUAUGCGACGGAACACGAGGCGAUAAUCGUCGAGUCUUUCUUCGACAGGAUAUAUGCUGACAUUGCGCCGUUCUGGGGCCUCGACCCCCGGACGACUGCCGAACGAGCCGCGUCCUGGGAUUAUGUCGUACGCGUUCGCGGAGGCGUCGCCAGCGGUGUAGGCAACACACAGGGCAAAGUUCCUUGGUUGCAGUUAUGGACUGGCUUGGUGGCCGAGGCUGCGUCGUGGUUACCGGACGUCGAUAUGCCUAUUAAUUAUAUGGACGAAUCUCGGCUGAUCGUUCCUUGGGAAGAUAUGGCGAGUCUAAUGGAGAAAGAGCAGGCAAGCCGCUCGGCAAAGUCCCUCGACGAGGUGGUGACGAAAUAUAGCGGACUUGCUGAAGUUGAUGCUAAAGCCGACGGUGCUUCUCCUUAUAAUCCGAAUUGGCUUGGAGGAAGUUAUUGGGACCUUACACGAGUGGCUUGCGCUCCCGAUUCUCCAUCACGUAAUGUGACACCAAUUCAAAAUUUGGAGGAGCCGCCUGUGUUCCCAGAAGACUGGGAACCUGAGUACUCGUACAAAGGAUAUAUACGUAACUUUACCGCCGCUACAGAUCCCUGCGUCCAGCCCCACCUCCGUGGUAUGCACGGCACAUUCGUCGAGCCCCUGACGAUGUCAACGAGCAAAGAGCUUAUCCCAUUGUUCGGCGGAUGCAAGCUACCUGUAAAUAACGAGAUACUUAUCCCCGGCGCCAUGUACUUGACAAACGACCCUUUCUAUUCCGGCGGAGAUACUCACGGGCCGUCCUGGUGGAAGAAGACUAACGGCGUCGUGUGGCGGGGUGUCGCGUCGGGGGGCCGAAAUAAAAAAGAGAACUGGUUUCAUUUCCAGCGGCAUCGACUUAUAGAAAUGCUGAACGGGACAACCGUGUCGGGAAUAGAGGAGCAUAGCUCCCGCGCCAUGACCUUCGAGAUGCCGCCGAUGCAAAAGUACGACUUCCCGCGACGGCGCGAGGGAGCCGUUGGUUCUUGGUUGCACGAGUUCUCCAACGCUGGGUUUGUCAAUCUCCUCUGCUUCCCGGAGGAUUCUAAUUGCACCUACGUCCGGCCUUACUUUUCCGAAGUGCAGAGCAUGCCCAUGAAGGAGCAGUACAAGUACAAGUUCAUGCCCGACGUCGACGGGAACAGUUUCAGCGCGAGAUUUAGAGGGUUUCUGCUGUCGACAUCCCUCCCGCUCAAGGCUACCAUAUACGCAGAGUGGCACGACGACCGCCUGGUUCCGUGGCUGCAUUUUGCUCCUAUGGAUAAUACGUUUCAGGAUCUAUAUGCCAUACUCGAUUAUUUUACUCGGGAUAGGAAAGGUGAUGUCUCCGCGCGCUUCAUUUCCGAGGAGGGUAGGGCUUGGGGCUCAAAGGUUCUCAGGAGGGAAGAUAUGCUGCUUUAUGUUUGGAGACUACUGCUCGAGUUUGCACGCGUAUGUGACGAGAAACGGGAUAUGCUUGGAUAUAUAGAUGAUUUAAGACCGGCAUAA